ACUGAAAGCUCUUGCGUCCCGUCGACGAUCGUCGGCGUUGUACAUCGCAGAGUCCUUGUUCAGCCUCGACCGGUGGUGACCUUCCUUUAGCCGCAGCGGAUCCCCGGGCGAAACAGCAUGGUGAGUCGAGCUAUUUCCGAGUGGUGGACCAGAAUGAAGCCUUAUUAUACUCGCGCCUACCCGGAGAUAUGGCCUGGUAUAGCCAUCAUGACCUUCCUCUACUACAAGUUGUCAUAUGGCGGUAAGAAAGCUGUAAAAAGCACACCCACUAAUCAAGCACACCAUUGAUUACACCGAGGUCGACCACCUAGGCUAAAAUCAUGUGAAUCACCGGGAAGAUAUCAGGCUGCAGAAGAUUGAAUGUCAUCUUGGAGUAUGCAAUUUGUGUAAUGGAAGGAAUAAAAUUUGAGUGUUGCAGA